CCUGAAAGUAGUUCACUUCGCAAACAAGCUAAACAACACUCAUUACAUGGUCACAUCUCACAUGUAUCUGUUGUCAAUACACACAUAUCAAUCUAAGCAUCAAUCUUAACUAAACCCUAGAUAUAUCUCUGCCUUCAGUUCAGUAUAACAAUGGGAAACUGUUUCGAAACGCUUGAUAAAUCAUCUCCGCCAAUAUCGGAAAUAGUCCCCGCCGACAUCUUCAAGCCCUCACCACCGGCGACGGCGAUCACAUUGUACGGACCUUCAGAUUGUCCGAUCACCUCGUACAUUCGAUUUGCUCUCUCUUACAAGCCUGUUUCUCUUGAAUUUAUCCCAUGCAACACGCUUUCUGAUAUGCUUUUGGACUCCCCGGUGCUCCAGUUCGGAUCGGACAGAGUUUCCGGGUCUCCGGCCACGAUUCUCGGUUACUUGGACGCCAAGUUUCCGGCGCCGGCGGUGGCGAGGCGGCGGAGUGCGGCGGCGAUGGAGAUUGUGGAGGUGGUGGUUUUGCAGCAUAGGAGCGUGAGGUGGCAUGUGGAGAAAGUGGUGACGUGGGCGGAGGAUUUGGUGAAACGUAAAGGGAUAGCCAGGGGGGACUCGAAGGUGGGGAGUACGAGAAUGGAGGUGGACAAGUUUGGGAAGAGGUACGGUGAGUUGAUGGAAGUGAUGUUAGAGCAUGCCAGAAUGGAGGAGAGAGUUGUCUUUCCGGUUUUGGAAAAGGCGGAUAGAGGUCUACCUAAAGCUGCAAAUGCUGAACAUGCAAGGGACUUGCCAAUUAUGAAUGGCAUAAAUGAAGACCUGAAGGCUUUCCGAGUUCUUCAUUCAGCGAAUCCUGUCUACCUAGAGGCCCUACGUAAUCUGUCUACUCGACUGAAAACUCUGCAGAAACAUUGCCACCAACAUUUUCAAGAGGAGGAGAAGAAGUUACUACCCUAUAUGGAGGCUGUGGAUCUAUAUAAAGGACAGCAAGAAAGAUUACUAGAUCAGUGCAUAGAAGUAAUGCAUGGGACACAUUCUCACUUGUUUCGGUUUCUCAUUGAAGGCCUCUGCCCUCAGGAUGCCGUACAUUAUCUGGACUUGGUCAGAAGCUGUAGUGACAGAGAGAAAGUCUUAUCAAUGUUUAGCACGGUUCUGGAGUAAGAUCUAAACCCUUUGGAAUCCUAGUAAUCGAGUAUCCGGAUGCCAGAUGAAUGUUCUCAGUGUGUGAAGUCCUCUUCUGCAUCCAAUUUAUACAGAAAUGGAAUGUGUACAUCUUGAUAUGUAGGUAGACUUGCUUACUUACUAGCCUACUUAAUUUUCUUAGUUGGCUCGUCUAUAUGAGUAGGGUGUGGCAUAUAUUGUUCCCGGAAACUUUUUACAAGGAAAUGACAUUACAUUCUGCCAUUGUUGAGUACUUCUUGUAAACAAUCUGCCAUAAACUACAAAUUAAAUGGGUAGAGCUUCUACAAUUCAGUAAGCCCUGCUUAGUUCUUGUUUCCUA